UAAUUCCUAUAAUCAACGGUACAAAGUGGAAGUGGCUGCGAGCACACCACCGUCCGUGCACCUGUCCUUCCUCACUCCAACAUCAGAUGACCCAUCGACCAUGGCCAUUGUCCCAUGCGUGGCCAAUAAAUUUUACACUGCUGAGGGGAGCGACCAGCUCGUGGUUGUGGUGUCUGGUUGCUCCAUCUGGGGUUUGGCGUUUUUUGAACAGGUUGAUUUGACUCCGCACAGCGUCUGCGUCCUCACCUCGCUCAAGGUUAAAAAUGUUGGCUUGGAGCCUAUCCCUAAAGUCUUGCUGGCUUUUCUGAACAUCCAAGCAAAAAACAUGGCAGUGAUCAGAGCAUUUGGUACUGAGGGAAAAGUGAAGGGUCUGAGUAGUGUUCUUUCAAUUGAAGUUGUUGAGCCUUCUGGUGUGCCCCCAGAACCGGCUUUCUUUCAGCAUCAUUAAACAAAGCUUUGAAUACUAUGCUAGCAGUUUGUAGUUGUGCUCUAAAUACAUGUUCCCCUACUUGUAAUCGCCACUUUUUGUUUGUUUCUGCAUUAAUUAGUGGAUCUAAGGUAGUUAGACACACAUUGACUAUAAUUGGUCAUCUCUACUAAGA